GCAGGCGCAUGUGUUGAACAGAGCCAUGGGAGCCAGUCAAGGGCUGACUGCGAUUUGUCAGCCAUGCUACACGGAGUCGUGUUGCGACGAUGACACGCUCGACGAGAAGUCCACGACCUACACCAGGCCUCUGACAGUUCACGGCUUCAACGUGCUGUCCUUCGGUCCUGGCAGCGGGCCGGCGGGACAAGUCUUCGAGGAGACCUUGCGGGGUCUCAACCGCGCCGAUCGAAACCUCCUGCAGUUUGCCGCGACCUCCUGCCUCGUGGCCGUGAGGUGGUUAGUGUACCAUGGCGCCUCGCCAGAUGUGCACGAUGCCAACGGCACCACGGCGCUGCAUGUGGCUUGCAGAUCAGGGUCCCUGCCGCUGGUGUGUGAGGUGCUGAAGUUUGCGCAGCUCCUUGAGGCGGUAGACAUCGCCGGCUGGACGCCCCUGCACAUCGCGGGGCACAUGGGUCGCUCGGAGGCCGUACGGCACCUUCUGCAGGCGCGAGCGAGCCCGCACCGCCGCAACGCCGCGGGCCAGACGCCAGCUCAGAUCUCCCUGGACCGCAUCACCCGCGAGGUGCUGCAAGCGGCAGCGGAGGAUGGUGACUGGGAGAGGGGCAUGGUGUCCAUGGCGGAGGCCGAGCAGGAGGUCGAGGAGGGGCCGGAGGACUACUUUGCCUCUUUUAGCAUCAAGGAGGACCGGGUGGGGGUGCCCAACCAAUGCGAGCGGGAGCUCUUCUUCGUGACUCCGAAGGCCUCCAUCAAGGAGGUCACCACCUUCAGGAAGUCGCUGAUGAAGCUGCUGGUGCUGCUCUUCAACCUGAAGCCCAGCGCCGGCCUGGCCUUCGCCGUGGCCUGCGGCCUCUCGGAGAGCUACGGGGCGGCGGCAAGGGCCCUGCUUCACACCGAGGGCGCGGACAAGGGCAAGAUCGGGAACUUCCUGGGACAGGACUUCUCUCUGUGCCUCUUGGUGCGCUUCGGAGUGCUGGACAGCCUCCCGCUGCUCUGCACUGGGGUGAUCUCCUGCUUAGAGAUGUCCUUUUCGCGUAUCCAGCUCCCCGAGGACAUGGACAGGAUGGAGAGGCUGCUGCAUGCCGCCGCCCUGGUGUGGUGGCGGAAGCAUCGGGCCCUGUCGCCGUCCAUGUUGCCCGCAGAGGGCGUGGAGGAGAAGACCAUGGACACUCGAGAGCUGGUGGGCCAUGGCCUGCUGCAGUACAUCUCCAGUGCCCAGGUCCUGUCUCAGCUGAUGUUUUCCACCGUCAUGCUGCACGCCGUGAUCCACGGGGACGGCAGCGCUGAGUUGGGGGACAUGAGCUUCGAAGAUUGGGCCGUGAUGAACAAGGGCCUAGAGGAUGUUCACAAGGACAUCCCGGAGUUCGUGCAGAGGCCCAUCUACGACGCGAUCCGGAAGAAGUUUGUGCCGGAGCUGUGCGUGGCGCAGAGUUCCAUGGCGAGCCCUUCCUCACGCGGCCAAGCGCGCUCGCGGAUGGGCAGUGACUCUAGUGAUGAGUUCCAGCCCUACGGGCAGGAGCGGCAGUCGGCCCCCAGCCCCGGCCAGGACGCCAGCGCGGCGGCCCCCUCGGCCUUCCAUCAGAUCGCCCAGGCGGAAGGCUGGGUGCAGCUGAAUUGUCACCUACCCAUCGUGGGCUCCUCCCAGAUCCGGCCCGGCAGUGAGACGCUGGGCACGGAGGCGGAGGUGCAGGAGGGCUUCAACGCCCUCAUGAAGGUCACCGCGGGCUCGGACCCCCCGGGCCCGCCGGAGCACGGCUGGGUUUGGGCGAGCCUCUGCAGCAUUUGCCUGCUCUUCUCGAGCAUGCCGCCGGGGAAGCCCGCGGGCUCCGAGCAAGCGGCGCCCCACGCCGUGGUGGAUGUGAGGCUACUGCACGUCACCGAGGUGAGCCGGGAGACCUUGAGCCUCACAGUGGCCACCUUUAGCGCCCACCCCUACCGGCCGAAGACCGAAGGUGCGGUCGAUGACAGCCGCGCCCUGGGGGACAUCCCGGUGGUGCUGCUCAUGGAGGACGGCCGCUUCCAAGAGUUGAACCUGCCACCGCUGCAGAUGAAGGUGGAAUCAGAGGAGGAGCUGGAUUUGUGGGUGGGGCUCCUCGCGGAAAAGAACAAUAUCAAGCUCAAGGAUGGCAAGCACGCCAUCACCUUGGCCUGAAAAUUCGUCCAAGCUUGGCAGCCUUCUCGCUUAUGU